AAAGCCAGAGGAUGGGCCGGCAGUGUUGAGUAGUCGCAGCAGACAGACUGGCCCUGGACUGUACUGCUGACCCAGAAUGGCACAGAACGGAACGACAGAGAACGGAGUGGCCGAAGGGAUCCCAGCUUUGCCUUUUCCUCAGCCUGUCAAAGUCCAGGAGAUCAGACACACCAAGAUUUUUAUUGACAAUGAAUGGCACACAUCCAGCAGUGGAAGGACGUUUCCAACUUUCAACCCAGCAACAGGUGUCAAAAUCUGUGAAGUGGAAGAAGCAGACAAAGAAGAUGUGGAUAAAGCGGUGCAGGCAGCCAAGGCGGCCGGGCAGAGAGGCUCUCCGUGGCGGAGGAUGGACGCGUCCAGCCGCGGGAGGCUGCUGCACAAGCUGGCUGACCUGAUGGAGAGGGACCGGGUCCUGCUGGCGACGCUGGAGACUCUGGACACAGGGAAGCCUUUCCUGCAGUCCUUCUUCAUUGACCUGGACGGCAGCAUCAAAACGCUUCGUUACUACGCAGGCUGGACCGACAAGAUCCAUGGAAAGAGUCUGCCUGUAGAUGAAAACUUUGUGUGUUUAACCAAACACGAACCUGUUGGCGUAUGUGGAGCCAUCAUUCCAUGGAACUUUCCUCUGCUGAUGUUCAUGUGGAAGAUAGCGCCAGCCCUGAGCUGUGGAAACACUGUGGUCAUCAAGCCAGCAGAGCAGACCCCCCUCACAGCCCUCCACGUUGGAUCGCUCAUCAAAGAGGCAGGGUUCCCUCCAGGAGUUGUGAACAUAGUUCCAGGGUUUGGUCCCACAGCAGGAGCAGCCAUCGCCAGCCACAUGGACAUCAACAAAGUGGCCUUCACUGGCUCUACAGAGGUUGGCCAGCUGAUCAAAGAAGCGUCAGCCAAAAGUAAUCUGAAGAGAGUGACUCUGGAGCUGGGAGGGAAGAACCCCAGCAUUGUGUUUGCUGACUGUGACUUGCAGCUGGCUGUGGAGGAAACCCAGAAAGGAGCUUUGUAUAACCAGGGUCAGUGCUGCACGGCUGCGUCACGUGUCUUUGUGGAGGAAAGUAUUUAUGAGGAGUUUGUGCGUCGCAGCAUAGAAAACGCCAAGAAGAUUGUGAUAGGAGACCCGCUGGACCCCAAGACAUCACACGGGCCACAGAUCGACCGACAGCAGUUUGACAAGAUCAUGGAUCUGAUAGAAAGUGGGAAGCAGGAGGGAGCCAGGCUGGAGUAUGGAGGAGCAGCUUUGGGCGAGAAGGGCCUUUUCAUUCAGCCCACCAUCUUCUCUGGGGUCAAAGACCACAUGCGCAUCGCCAAGGAAGAGAUCUUUGGUCCAGUGCAGUGUAUAUUCAGCUUUAAAAGCCAGCAGGAGGCCAUCGACAGAGCAAACAGCUCACAGUACGGUCUGGUGUCAGCGGUCUUCACAUCCAGUAUGGACAGAGCUCUGUCUGUGUCUGCAGCCCUGGAGACUGGUACUGUCUGGAUAAACUGCUAUAACGCUUUUCACGCCCAGACUCCCUUCGGAGGGUACAAGAUGUCCGGCAACGGAAGAGAGCUAGGAGAGUACGCUCUGGCCGAGUACUCGGAGGUGAAAGCAGUGACAAUCAAACUGAGUGAAACCCUGUGAUUCGUCCAGCGCUCUGCACUGCCCUUCACAUCACACUUCUCUCCCACCAGCACGCUCCCUUCUUUGUCUUCAGUCAUGGUGUUGAGAUUAGGGUUAGGCCGAUAUAUCAGUUAGUCUGUGCCAGAGUGUGUCAGAGCCCAGAGAGUCAGCGUUUGUUCACCUGUACUAUGAUGUGCUGUAGGUGAUGAUAGGCUUUACUCAACAGCUUCAAAACCACUAAUGCUCAGUUUUAUUUUUAUUUUUAUAAUAAUUUUCCAAUAAUUUAUUCUGAUUUAUUAAGUUCCCCCAGACAUCAGUACAGUCACCAGCCACUUUAUUAGGUACACCUUGCUGGUACCAGGUUGGACCCCCUUUUUAAUUCUUGGUGCCGUAGAUUCAACAAGGUGCUGGAAACAUUCCUCAGAGACUUUGGUCCAUAUUGACAUG